AUGAGCCGAGCAGUAUCGCGCCUUAUUGAGGCAUGCGGCCGCCUGAGUAUCACUCAGCGCUCUCAAAUGCAUUUCUUCCGUCCUCCACCAACUUCAUCGAUUCUACCGCCACUUGUCACCCCAUCGACGACUAUAGUCGAGAAAUCGAUUGAACUUCCAUCGCUGGAGAAUCCACAGCAAAUUUACACCUUCCCAACACUCCACCGCUCACCAAUAGUUGCCCCAGGCGCAAUUUUGACGGAAAUUUUGGAAAAAUUGGCUCCAACUGCCGAAAAAGGCUUUUUAAUUGCUCCAGGAACACCGAAUAAAUCGCCAAUGUGGCUAUCGCCUCGUCUGCUCACAAUUCGCCGGAAAAAAAUGAAGAAGCACAAGCGACGGCGGCGAUACGACCGGGAUUUCUUCAAAUAUCAGAAAUAUCACCGAGAGAAGAAGCUGAAAUCGGAACGUGAAUUCCAGAAGCGAAUGAAGUCGCUGCUCACCGAGCUCGAGGCGUUCAAUCCGGAGAAAUAUGUGAAGGAUACGAUUCGAAUGGCGAAUAAGGAGUGGCAGGACGAGCUGGCGCCGACCGGAAGGAAGCUUUACCCGCAUUGGAGCCGAUUUAUGAGCUUGGAGCAGUUGUAUGGGCUCCCGAAGAGCGAGUAUAUUGAUAAGAGAGCCGGACUUCCAACCCCAGAAGAAGCCGAGCAGAUCAAGGCGUUGAAGGAGAAAUACGCGAAAUUAUAUCGGAAAAAGUAG